GUGUCUAAAACCCAUUGCGUGAAUUACUCCGUUGCCGUUACGAAGUCGGCCAUCUCUUUCUAUAAAUUAAACGCCAAAAUUGCCUUUGCUCUCCGCCUUAGUUUGUUCCAUUAUCUUCUCUCGUGAAGUUCUAAGAAAUCAAUCAGAAAAGCUCCUUCAAGAUGCAGAUCUUCGUUAAGACCCUCACCGGAAAAACCAUCACUCUCGAGGUCGAGAGCAGCGACACCAUCGACAACGUCAAAGCCAAAAUCCAGGAUAAAGAAGGUAUCCCACCAGACCAGCAGCGUCUCAUCUUUGCCGGAAAGCAACUUGAGGACGGCCGUACCUUGGCUGAUUACAACAUCCAAAAGGAGUCGACUCUCCACCUCGUCCUCCGUCUCCGUGGUGGCAUGCAGAUCUUUGUGAAAACCUUGACCGGAAAGACUAUUACCCUUGAGGUCGAGAGCAGCGACACCAUUGACAACGUCAAGGCUAAGAUUCAGGACAAGGAAGGAAUUCCCCCAGAUCAGCAAAGGCUUAUCUUUGCCGGAAAACAGCUGGAGGACGGCCGCACAUUAGCCGAUUAUAACAUUCAGAAGGAAUCUACCCUUCACCUCGUGCUUCGUCUGCGUGGAGGGAUGCAGAUUUUCGUGAAGACCUUGACUGGAAAAACUAUUACCCUGGAGGUGGAGAGCAGCGACACCAUUGAUAAUGUUAAGGCAAAAAUUCAGGACAAGGAAGGUAUCCCACCAGAUCAGCAGAGGCUGAUCUUCGCCGGGAAGCAGCUGGAAGAUGGCCGGACUUUGGCUGAUUACAACAUUCAGAAGGAAUCCACUUUGCACCUAGUGCUCAGGCUUCGGGGAGGAAUGCAGAUCUUUGUCAAGACCUUGACUGGGAAGACCAUCACUUUGGAGGUGGAGAGCAGCGACACAAUCGAUAAUGUGAAGGCGAAGAUUCAGGAUAAGGAGGGUAUUCCCCCAGAUCAGCAGAGGCUUAUCUUUGCUGGGAAGCAGCUGGAGGAUGGAAGGACUCUUGCUGAUUAUAACAUCCAGAAAGAGUCGACCCUUCACCUUGUCCUGCGUCUGCGUGGUGGAAUCUGAGGGGUUUCUAUAUUUCUACUAUGAAUUUGUUGUUGGGAGAUCAUAAUUAAUGGGUCUCUCUUAUUUUAAGAUGUGAUGAUGUGUGAUUGGCCUCUUCAUGGCCUUGUGGAUGAUGUCUGUUUUUACUUAACUUCUAUUAAAUAAAAAUUUAUCUGUUUCUGUUCUGUUCA